ACUACGACGACGACGACGACGACGACGGGAAGCAGCGGUCUCAAUGGCGGGGUUAUCGCCGCAGUUGUCAUCAGUAUUAUUCUCAUCAUCGUCAUCAUCUUUGUCAGUAUCUGCUUGUACAAACAUGGGUAUUGUGUAAUUAUUUGUUAUCAACUAAAAAGGUGUCUUGAGAGAACCUGUUGCUGUGAGAAAAUCCCUUGCUGGACAACCUGCCGAAAUAAAGUAUGUGUUUGCUGUAAGAACAAAGUAGAUGGAGCAGAAGCCGAAAAGCCGAUGCUUACAAACGGGAUUGGACCUCAUGUCGAGACUAUAAACGAAACUUCAAGAAGACCAAGGCUGCAAAAAGACAAAACUUCAAUGAGUGCAAUUACACGCUCUUCGUCUAUGGCAGUCACCAGGGAGAAAAGCGAACUGGAAACGUCUCUACAAAGACAGACCACAGCAACAAGUAUAGGCCUGGAACUGAAGUCGGAGAGGCCGUCAUCUUUACAUCAGAUCAAAGUCAAAUCCCAAAAUGAGGAGGAUGAAAAAGAACCAAGGCUUAAAGUUUUGGGUCGUAAUUUAUCACGUUUGGUUUGUUGUCCAGAGAAGAAGGAUGAUGUUAAAACAGUGACAGUCGUCGAACCUACAGAAAAGCCAUCAUCACCCUUAAAGGAGAAACCUGCAAAGGGCGCGGUUAAAAAGGGCGCGAAAGUGAAAGGAGGCAAAGGAAAAGGAAAAGGUGGGAAAGGUAAAGGAGGAAAAGACGGAGGAAAAGACGAGAAAAAUGAAGGUAAAGCUGAAGAGAAAGGAGUGACAGCAGAAGAAAAAGGAGAUAAAACGGAAAGAAAAGGAGGGGAAAGCAAAGAAGAAAAAGGAGAAGAUACAGGUGAGAAAGGCGAAGGUAUAGCAAAAGGAAAAGGUGGAGAAAAGGGAGGUAAAACAGGAGGAAAAAAAGGGAAGAAGGAGAAGAAAUUGAAAGAUCUACCGGAUGAUACAGCAAGGAGCGAUGAAGAUACCUUAACAGAAGUUGCAAAUAUUGAGUUGACAAGAGCGCCAACAAAGAUGCAAUCUGAUCUACGCCUGACAAGUACACCUAUUCCAGGGAGUGCGAAAGGUCAGAAAGGUGUGGUCAGCGUACCAGCAGGACUACUUAAACCUCAAGACAAGAGUACGGAAUGGACAUUCUUAUCCUGCUGUUUCGGCAACAGGUCUCCCCCACCAGCAGAGGAGGAAAAAGUUGAAGUACCUGCUGCUCCUGUUCCUAGUAAAAAGAAAGUCGGUGCUAAGACAGCUGCCAAAGGUAAAGGCGGAGGAAAGAAAGAUGGUGGGGGACCCAAGAAAACUGGAAAGAAAGGUGGUGGUGGUGGUAAAGGAGGCGGUAAGAAAAAGGAUGUGAAUGAAAAUGACCUAAUUGAAAGAGACCUUACAGAUGAGCAACCAGCUCUAGAUAGAGCCAAGACAAUGCCUGAAAGAGAGAAAACAGCACUGAAUCUGCAAGACGCAGAGAAAGUUAAAGUUGCUGUUUAUAUUCCUACUGAUAAAACUAAUUUACAGUUGAAGGACACGGUAAUAAACGGCCAACCUAAAUUAGAAAAAUCAAAAACAGAUGUAGGGGUAGUAAGACCACCUUCCUCAAGGCCAGCGUCUUCUGUGAAACAAAAAGGAGGGAAAGGCAAAUCUGAAAAGAAAGGAAACAAAAAGGCAAAUAAGGGUAAAGAAGCGGGUACAAAAUCUUCCAAAGACAAAAAGGGUUCGAAGAAGAAAAAGAAGUGAAAAUACUAUUAAUUCGGGACUGGCAGAACGUUGCUUUUGUAUAUGACUGAGAAGAUACUAAAAUGAAGUUAUGGAAUGCGCUUUGAUGUUGAAUUGAUGUAAGACACGCGAAAUAUGCAUUAAAUUGAGAGCAGUAGGCUUUGAAAGAGAGCAUGUUUACAUUUGUAAAUUGUUUCAAUAUGUAAAUACCAAAUUCAGUAAUAUUUAGUAUGAUUAACUAAACAGCAUCAAUUCUUGUUAUUCUGGACUUACAAAGUCUGGUGAGAUCCAUUUUUAUUUCUUCAUAUUGACACUGACUUUGUUUUCUAAUGUUACGGAAUGGCUGGUCGGCGAUGGUCAAAACUAAAAUGAUAUAUGCUAGCUUUUCGAUUCUCCCGCUAUAAAUAUAUGGAGACUUGUCAUUCAAUUAUAAAAAUUAAAUCACCAUACACUUUA